CCUUCGGCCAUACCAUUCAUCACAAGCCGCUAUUGAGUCUUGUUCCCAACACUCAUAUCUCUUCCAGCUUCCAAUCAUCUCCUUAGCUAGCUCCCGUUGGUCAUGUUUCAGCCCGGUUACUGGGAGGACGAUCCGAUGGAGGGGGUGCUUGGCUCCAGUAUGCUUCGUCGUGGAGGAGCAGCCCGCCGUUUCGAUGAAUAUUACCGAUGCUACCCUGUUGCGAUGAUGCCCGGUCCAGAGAGAGAAAAUGUCAACCACGGCGGCAAGGUCAUCAUGCCGCCUAGCGCUUUGGACAAGCUGACGCGCUUGCAUAUCACAUACCCCAUGUUGUUUGAGCUUCACAAUGGUGCCAGGGAAAGAAUGACCCAUGCGGGUGUCUUGGAAUUCAUUGCGGAGGAGGGGAAGAUCUACCUGCCAUUCUGGUUGAUGCAAACACUUCUUCUGGAGCCUGGCGAUCUAGUUCAGAUCAAAUCCACCGACCUAUCACCGGGCCAGUUCAUCAAGCUACAGGCUCAGUCAACCAGUUUCCUCGACAUCAGCGACCCCAAGGCCGUGUUGGAGAAUGCCUUCCGAAACUUCUCUUGCCUGACCAAGGGUGACGUCUUCACAUUCGCCUACAACGACCAGGUCUACGAGAUGGCUGUCUUAGAAACCAAGCCUUCUGGCCAGAGCAACGCUAUUUCAGUCCUCGAGACCGACCUUGAAGUCGACUUUGCGCCUCCGGUGGGCUACGAGGAGCCGCAACGUCCCAGUGGAACCAGUACGCCUCGCAGCGGAGUAAGCGGCAAGUUGCCGUCCGGUGGCUUGCUACAUCCCCAUGGCACCAUGGCACAGUCAAUCAAUUAUGCUGCCAUCGCACCCGAGUCAACCGACGCCGCUGCCGGAGCAAGGGCUGUGUCGUCAAACUUCCUUGUCGGUGGACAGCGUUUGAACGCUAAGAAGGGUAGUAAAACCCCCACACCCAAACCAUCCACUCCCACACCUGGUGCUACCAACCCUCAGCAUCCUCCUCCGGUCAGGAGAACCAACGGGCCGCAGCCUCUUCGACUGCCCCCGAAUCAGCUUUUCUUUGGAUACGCAAUCAAGCCUGUGAAGAAGCGCGAUGAAACCGGGCAGGUUGUUGAAGGAGACAAGCCCCGAUUCCAAGGAUCCGGGCAAACGUUGAGAGGAAAGAAGAAGGACGCCAGUGGCUCUGCUACGCCUACCUAG